AUGCCAAUCCCAGUCGAGAGCCUAACGCACUCCAGCGAUGAAUAUAUCCACAUCCCGCUAUCCUCUCUGAAAAAGGCUACAAUUAGAUCUUCCAGUGAUUUCCGCAGCGAUGUCGUUACCGUGCCCACCCCUGAAGUACUCGAAGCUAUGGUAAACGCUACUUUCCACGAUGAAAUCUACGAAGGCGAUGCGACUAUUGCUGCACUUGAAUCUAAAAUGGCUAAAAUGGCUGGAAAGGAGGCUGCAAUGUGGGUUGUAUCUGGCACGCAGGCUAAUCAAAUAUCCCUACGUACCCAUCUCCAUCAGCCUCCUCACUCCAUCCUCUGCGACCAUAGGGCUCACAUCUACUGCUGGGAAUCUGGCGCAAUCUCCGUUCUUUCACAAGCCCAAUGUACUCCUGUUAUACCACGCAACAGGCGUCAUCUUACAGUACACGACAUAGCUCAUUCUAUGAUACCAGAUGGGAAUAUCCACUUUGCACCUACAAAAGUUAUAUCUCUCGAAAAUACGUUGUCUGGUACAAUUCUCCCGCUUGCUGAGGCACAGAGAAUUAGGCAAUACGCACUCAAUCACCCUAACAAACCAAAGAUGCACUUAGACGGCGCCAGGCUGUUCGAUGCCGUCGUCGCUGAAGGUGUUAGCCUGACUGAUUACUGCGAUAACUUUGACAGCGUGAGCUUAUGUAUACAGAAAGGUACUGGUGCGCCUGUAGGAUCCAUGAUUGUUGGCGACAAGCCUUUCAUCGAUAGGGCCAAAUGGUACAGGAAAAUGUUCGGUGGUGGUGCGAGACAACCGGGUAUGCUGGCUGCUGCAGGGAUUGCAGCUCUCGACCAAGCUCUACCACUCAUAGCACUCACGCAACACAAGGCAAAAUUAGUAUCAGAAUAUCUCACAAUGGAACUGGGGCUAAAAUUAUCAGUACCCACCGAAACCAAUAUGAUUGUGUUGGAUUUGGAAGAGGCAGGUAUCCCGCCGCGCGUUUUUAGACACCGCCUCUUCCAGUUCGGAGUUAGAGUGUUCGAUCAGGGUAGACUCGUGUUCCACAACCAAAUAUCAGACCAGGGCGUGUCGGCGCUGUGUCAGGGCGUGAAGUCACUCGUGAUUGAUGCCAGAAUACCCAAUAAGUUGGAUCAACUGGAUCAGGAGAUAGAGUAUACUGAAUCACUGUCUCAAAACUAA